AUGUUCCGAAACCUCCCGAACAAGCUCGACUGGAUGACGCUGAAGGGACUUCUUGAUGAGGCCUGCUUCGGCACGUUCGAUUUUCUAUACUUGCGUAUAGACUUCAAGACGAGCUGCAACGUCGGCUAUGCGUUCAUCAACUUUUCCGACGUGACGGGCAUGAUCACCAUGCUGGACCGAGUUGAAAGCUGUGGCUGGACGUCCUUGACAGCGGACUUCAAGACGAGCUGCAACGUCGGAUAUGCGUUCAUCAACUUUUCCGACGUGAAGGGCAUGAUCGCCAUACUGGACCGAGUCGAGCACUGUGGCUGGACGCCCUUGACAACGCCUUCAUCAACCUCUCGGACAUCACUGGCAUGA